UCGUGAGUGCAGUUCGGUCUGUUGUCCAGGCGGCUGCGCGUGCUGCCGUACCUGGCUGCAGUGUAUCAAAGCGGUCAACGGUCAGAAAUCAUAACGGUCAAACCGCCCCGAACCUUAACGGUCAGCCAUUUCCCCCAUUAAGUCCUCCUCUCCGACACCGGCAUCAGUGUCCCCUCACAAACCAGGGAAGAGGGGGGUCCAGAGCGGGGCGACACACCGAGGACCGACCAGCAUGGACCCCCAAGCGAAGGACCGACCGAGCCCGGCUACGGGGGGCUUCAGCGGGCGCCUGGCCACUCUGGGAGCCGAUGGGGGUGACUCGGAGUCUGGAGCUGGCUCGGAGGAGGCUGCCGUGGGCUGCUGCAGCGACACGUUCAGCAGCCUGCCCGACAUGGAGCAGGAGUCUCUGGAGGAGAAAUUAAGGGGACUGGCGUUCAGAAAACAGACCUCAUAUCGGAAAGCGAUCUCCCGGUCAGGCCUGCAGCACCUUGGUCCACCUCAACCGGCAUUGCCUCCUGCGUCCAACGGGCCCACCAAGGAUCCACGAACCUGCGUGGACUGGACGGAGAACGCCGUGAACGGGGAUCACCUGUGGAUGGAGACGAGUUGUUCAGGAGAGCUCUGUUAUCUCGGAGAGGACACCUGCCUGCUAAAGACCGCGAAAUCGGCCCCCAGGAGGAAAUGCGCUGCCUGCAAGAUCGUCGUUCACACGGGCUGCAUGGAGCAACUAGAAAAGAUCAACUUCAGAUGUAAGCCGACCUACAGAGAGGGAGGAUCCCGCUGCCUCAGAGACCAGAACAUUCUGAGGCAUCACUGGGUUCACCGACGAAGACAGGAGGGGAAAUGCAGACAGUGUGGAAAGAGCUUUCAACAGAAGUUCUUCCACAGUAAAGAAAUCAUUGCCAUCAGCUGUUCCUGGUGUAAACAGGCUUUCCACAAUAAAGUGACGUGUUUCAUGCUGCACCAGAUCGAGGAGCCGUGUUCACUGGGGGCCCACGCUGGAGUCAUAGUACCCCCAUCCUGGAUCAUCAAAGUCAGGAAACCACAGAGCUCACUUAAGAACUCAGCGAGGAGAAAAAAGCGGACAUCUUUCAAACGAAGGACAAGCAAGAAGGGACUGGAUGAUUCAAAAUGGCGUCCAUUCAUGUUGAAGCCCCUCCCCUCCCCUCUUAUGAAACCAAUCUUGGUCUUUGUCAAUCCCAAGAGCGGAGGCAACCAGGGACUUAAGGUGUUACAGAUGUUUAUGUGGAUCCUGAACCCUCGACAAGUCUUUGACCUGUCACAGGGAGGACUACGAGAAGCCCUGGAGUUGUAUCGUAAAGUGCCAAAUCUGAGGAUCCUCGCCUGCGGAGGUGACGGCACGGUGGGGUGGAUCCUGUCUACACUAGACGAGCUGCAGAUGAGUCCCUGGCCUCCGGUAGCGGUGCUUCCUCUGGGAACAGGAAAUGACCUCGCCAGGACGCUGAACUGGGGCGGGGGCUACACAGAUGAGCCGGUGUCUAAGGUUUUAUGUCAUGUGGAGGAUGGUUCUGUGGUGCAGCUGGACCGGUGGAACCUUCUAGUAGAGAAAAGUACGACGCAGCCAGAGGAGGGCACACAGAAGCUGCCUCUGAACGUGUUCAACAACUACUUCAGCCUGGGCUUUGACGCUCACGUCACCCUGGAGUUCCACGAGUCCAGAGAGGCCAACCCGGAAAAGUUCAACAGUCGCUUCCGCAACAAGAUGUUCUAUGCAGGAGCCGCCUUCUCAGAUUUCCUCCAGAGAAGCUCCAGGGAUUUGUCCAAGCACGUCAGAGUGGUGUGUGAUGGUACUGACCUAACUCCAAAGAUCCAGGAGCUGAAGUUUCAGUGCAUUGUGUUUCUAAACAUUCCCAGGUACUGUGCUGGCACCAUGCCGUGGGGAAACACAGGAGACCACCGAGACUUUGAACCACAGCGCCAUGAUGACGGCUGCAUCGAGGUCAUCGGAUUCACCAUGGCCUCACUGGCGGCGCUACAGGUUGGCGGUCAUGGAGAGAGACUGCACCAGUGCAGAGAAGUCGUCCUCACUACCUAUAAGACUGUACCUGUUCAGGUGGACGGAGAGCCGUGUCGCCUGUCUCCCUCCACUCUCCGAAUCUCCCUCCGAAAUCAGGCCAACAUGGUCCAGAAGAGCAAGAGACGCACCUCUGUUCCCCUGCUCAACGAUAUUCAGAAGGUGUGUGCAGCUGAUCUGCGCCGCCUCUCUGCUCCCCCAGACUCCUUCUCUGUUCCUCAUGCAGUCCCAGAGCGUCUGCGUCUUCGGGUGAACCGUAUCAGCCUGCAGGAGUACGACCGGCUGCAGUAUGACAAAGAACGACUACGAGACAUCUCCAUCCCAGUAGGCAUUGUAGUGGUGAGAGGCGACUGUGACCUGGAGACCUGCAGACUUUACAUCGACAGACUACAGGAGGAUGAGUGUCGAGGCAUCCCCAGGACCAGUUCAUCCAGUAGACUCUCUCAAAAUUGGAGUUUCCUGGACUCUACUUCAGCCGACCGCUUCUAUCGCAUCGACAAGGCUCAGGAGCACCUCCACUUUGUGACAGAAAUAUGUCAGGAGGAGGUUUUCAUCCUGGACCAUGAAGCUCCAGCUGUGAACCAGGGGUCGUCCACGGGGAUGCCUGAUCUGGUCGUGGAACCUACUGCUGGUACUCCUUUAACAUCAGAGGAACAAGCUCUCCUAAAAGCUGCCAGUACGGGGGAUCUUUCUAUGUUGUCAGAUUGUGUACGUCGAGGCGUCAGCUUGUUGGUCAGAGAUUCUGGAGGUUGUUCAGCGUUACACAUAGCAGCUCAGAACGGACACACAGAGCUGGUCAGCUUUAUUCUGCAGCAGGGCUCAAAGGUUCUCCUGGAUCUGACAGACAGAGAGAAAGGAGAUACUGCGUUGCACAAAGCCGCCUCAGAGAAGCAGCACGCCGUGUGUCGACUGCUGGUGGAGGCCGGGGCGUCGCUAGAGAAGACUAACUUCCAGGGUAAAACUCCUGUUGAGGAAGCUGAGGGAGACUCAGAGCUAACCACCUACCUGAGCGCCCAACAAAACUCGCCUGCUCCUCAUGAAGACUUAGAGACGGCGGUCUGAGGCACACUCACAGAUACACACUCACAAACACACACUGUGUGUCUGGACUCUCACAGAGAAAACAGACUCUGGGUUUGAACCUCCAGACGACUGAACUGCUUCAGCUCUGCAGAGGAGAUUUGAACGCUCGACUAUUUAUUUGUAUUUAUAUUUAUUCAUAUUCUAUUUAUUGGUUGUGCUGAUUGAUUGACUGAGUGAUUGAUGAUUGAUUGUAGGACUAUUUAAGAGUUCAGGAUGUAAGUGCACUUUGAGCAGCCAUCAGGUGGUGAGUUCACUUGAAAAUGUGUCUUUUAUUUCAGUCACAUCUCAUACUUCAGAGAAUGACAGUUUUAGAGAUUUCUGUAGAAAAUAAAGUUUUAUUUCAGAGCUCGUCAGAAAACUGAAGGUUUAUAUAUUUACCCCGUGAGACGUUUGUGCCAAAGACAUUACGCUGACGUAGUGUCACAUCGCCGUCAUCAAACCCUCGAAAGUCAUCACUUUAAAACCAAAUUAUAACUUUAAUGUUUUAUUUAUUUAAAUUUAACAUAACCAGGUCAGAGCAGAGCUUUUAGAUGGAUAGAGAAAAUAAAAACUUUAUUUAUAAAGUACCUUUUCACACAAACAAGAAACUUCUACAUCACAGUGGCAGGAAACAAUCCAUAGUCAGAGAAUAUAAGCUAAAGAAGAUACAAAAAUAUUAAAAAAUAUGUCCUCAAUUCUAAAGAUUUCCAUCUGCACAAGGAGCUUCUACAGUAGCAUUUCAUUUAACUUAAUACUGAACAAUUCCUCAUUUUUGGGCUUCAUAAAUCCUUCAAAUUAAACAAAAUUAGAAGGGAAGGAACAUUGUAUUGCACACAAAAUGCUGACAUAUUUUCCAGCAUGUCUGACAACAUUAGGUUACUAAAUCUUUUUGGGUGCAAAAUUUGGUUUAAGAAUAAUAACGUAGAUAUAAACACAGUAUGAUUUAGCUGAAAUAUUCAGGGCUUCAAAAUACUGAAAGACUGAACUCUUAAACAUCAAUUACUGUAAAAUCCAGAAUAUAGGUCACACCGGCGUAUUAGAUGUUGUCUGUUACCAGAGGAAAACAAACGCUCUGCACAGUCUUCCUGCAUGAUGAUUGUCAUGACUGCAGCAGCGUUCACAGCAUGUCCUUUCCUUGCAGUUGUGCAGCUCUUUCAUUCUGUUGUAAGGCUGAUAGCUAACAGUACACUAUUUGAGCUCUCAGCCUGCAGCGAUUAAUUGUGAAAUACAGACCCAAAGCUCUUCAGUCACACAAACCAGAGCUCCACAAGGUUUACUGACUUCACAGUAUACCUCUGAUUUCUUAAAAUUUCAAAUACUGAACUAAUGAGGGAGAAAAGAUGUUAAAAAGCUAUUGCUGUAUCACUCUGAGCUUACUCACAGAGCAGUUUCAAAGCGUGAUAUUUUACCCCGUUGCUGUUUUAUCGAUUAAAUAAAUUAACAGCCGCAAACACCAAGUAUUACACCAUUGAGGAACCAGCAUGAGUGUCUAACGGCUGUUGCUGAGGCAAGUACAUGGCUAGUUCUAGCUCUUUGCUUUCAGUUGCUGCAGUAGCACAGGGUUUCCCACAAACCAAAGUAGCUACCUUAUCCUGCUUGCAUUAGCUGUUUGUUUAUUUUAAAGUAGGGGUAUUAUGCCUUUUUCAAGGCUUUACACCAUCUCUCUGAUACCCACGUAGUAGCUUCACAUGGUUUACAGCUCAAAAAAACUCCUCAUGUUUCUCAC